CUAGUGGUAGUAGAAUCAUACUUCACAAAAUCCUUGUCUUUAUUUUAUUGACCGAAAAAUCUCAGAGAAUGAGUCAACUACAAGAUCAUAAUUUAGCAAGAAAGAUAUCCUUCUCAUGGGAGAAGAAACCUGGUGUUUCCAAGGAAACUACUACUAAUCAUGGUGAAGAUUUAAUCCCAAGAAAGCAUGAUUUUUUGCCCAAGUUGCCUCCUCCACCUUGCACGGUAGAAGCAGCAGCUACAGCCAAAAACCUUGUUCAGGAUUUCCAAAUUCCACUUCCUCCUUGUGCUUUUCAACCCCCUUUUUAUAGAACUUCCUCCAAGAAAGGCCUUUGGGUUCAAGAUGAUGAUGAUCCUUUCUUAGCAGCUUACAAAGAGUGCACCAAGAAUCAGAGAAGUGAUACUAAGAUGAACAAAAAGUUGACCAAAGGUGUUACUGAUUCAAAGUCAUGGAAGGGCUUCUCUUUUUUCUCAUGUAAGCGAUCUUCCACUGUUUGUGACAAUAGUUUGGUCAGGAUCAACAUUGAGAAAGUUUGAUAUGUUUUUAAUUUCGAAAGUUAUGUUUUAGCAUGUUUAAGUUGUCAGGCGUUAGGCGCUGGUAGAUGUACAAUUCAAAGCAGUAAGCACAGUGUGAUCCGGAAGCUGCACUAUGCAGCUUCUUUUCAAAAGCUAAGUGAUUGUGAGAUUCUCACCCGCUUACAUGUUUUGUGAAAAAUAAAAGUGAUCAAAUUGAUAAAUAGUUAUUUUUCUUAGAACAA